CCCUAGAUUCCUCCUGUAGAUCAACAGUCACAAAUCACGACAUUCUAGCACCCCUGACAGUUGCAUCGACCCAUGGCUCCGAAGAGUCGCAAAGGCGAGUCAGCCGCGGCGGCGAACGGCGGCGGCGAUGCGGGCGACGAUCUGAUGGCGUGGGUGGUGAAGAGCCGCAAGCUGGACGAGAAGCGGCGCGCGGAGAAGGAGAAAGCCGAGCGCAUGGCGCGGAUGCUCGCCGACCAGGACGACGCGGCGGCGGAGGACGAGGAGGACGAAGAUGACGAAGGCAGCCGACAGCGGUCAGGCCGAGCAGCAUACACGUCGCGCGAUCUAGCGGGGCUGAAGGUGCGGCACGGAGUGAGCAAGGUGUUGGAGGAGGGCGCGGCUGUGGUGCUCACGCUCAAGGACUCCUCCAUACUGGCGGGCGGCGACAUCAACCAAGAGGAGGACGAGCUGGAGAACGUGGAGCUGGCGGAGCAGAGCCGCCGAGACGCCGCGUACAGAGCCGCCAAGAAGACGACCAGCAUUGCGGACAAGUUUGCGGAGGACGAGGGGGUGAAGAAGCCCAUGCUGCCGCAGUACGAUGACGGGCAGGGCGACGACGAGGGCAUCGUGCUUGACGGGUUGGGUGGGCUGGACGAGGCAACGAGGAACCGGCUGGAUGAGGUGCGCACCAGGCUGCACGCUGCAGCGACCGCGCUCCCCUCUGCGCCCCACGCGCUCGGCAGCACCAUAUUUGGUGGCGGGCCGGAUGGGACAAGCUUCGCCGGUCCAAAGGUGGCGAGCGAUUUUCUCACGGAGGAGGAGAUGGAGCAGAGGAGAGCAGCAGCUCAGCAGUUCAGGAAGCCAAAGAAGAAGAAGAAAAUCCGGAGGCGAACAGGGGGGGUGGAGGAGGACGAGGAGGGGGAGGGUGGUGGUGGCGGGGGAGAGGGAGGAGGGGGCGUGGGGAAGAAGAAGCGGAAGAAAGAGAAGCUGGAUCUGGACAAGCUUGAGGCGCAGGCUCGGGCGGCAGGCUUGGGGAGAGGUUCGGACCUGGGGAGGAGGGAUGGUGAGGGAGGAACAGCGCUGACGGCGAGGAGGAGAGAGGAGCAGGAGAGGGAGGAGCGCGGCGUGCGGGCGGCGUAUGAGAGCGCCAAGGCCAAGGCGCUGGAGGCGUCGAGAGUGCUGAAGGAGGGGGGAGGGGAGGAGAGGGGUGGUGGAGAGGAGGGAAGGGGGUAUGUGAGGGAGGGAAUGGAGGUGGAUGAGAGAGAGGGAGGGGAGGGUGGUGGGGAGGAGGGGCGAGAAGGAAAGGGGGUGAAGAAAGAGGAGGUGGAGGAGGCGGGUGAGGAGAAGGGGGAGAAAGGAGGAGAGACAGGGAGGGCGGAUGAGGAGGAGGAGGAAGAGGAGGAGGACACGGUGGUGAUAGGCGACGACGACGAGGAUCUGCAGCGGUCGCUGGAGCGAGCCAGGCUGCUGGCGCUCAGACGCCGGCAGGAGGAGGAGGCCGCUGCCAGGGCGGCUGCUGCUGCUAAUGGUGGUGGUGACGGUGAUGGUGGCACAGGGAAGGUGAAGCAAGAGGCAGAUAUGGAGGGAGGGAGUGCAGCUGGCGGGGCAGGGGCGCGGCCUGCAGUGAGGGGGGAGGCGCUGGUGCUGGCGCAGCUGAAGCAGGUUGGGCGGGGGAGGAAGAGGGCAGGGGAGGGGCAAGGCGGGGAGGAGGAGGAAGAGGGAAGUGCGCGUGGGCUUGUGUUCAGCGACACUGGGGAGUUCUGCAGGGGCCUGCAGCUCGAUGAUGCUCUCGUGAAGCGCGUCAGCGCCAGAGAAGCAGCAGCAGCCGCUAAAGAAGAGCUGGCAGCGGCGGCUGCUGCUGAGCUCCUCCCUUCUUCCGCCGCCGCUGCCGCUGCCGCUGCCGCUGGUGGUGGUGGUGGCGGCACGAGGUCGGACGGGGGGGGAUGGAUGGAGGUGAAGCGGGACGGGGAGGACGAGGAGAUGGGCGACGCACACGAGGGCGGGGAGGGUGGGGAGGGCGCAGGGGAGAGGGAGGCAGAGAAGGGCAAGGGGAAGGCGGAGAAGGAGGAGGUGGAUGCGAUAGCAGAGACGCCGGUGGGCGUGGGGCUGGCGGCGGCGCUGGCGCUGCUGAAGGACCGCGGGGCGCUGAAGGGCGAGGUGGAGUGGGGCGGGCGCACCAUGGACAAGAAGCGCAGCAAGCUCGUGGGCGUGCUGGACGAACACGGCCGCGACCGCCCCGACGCCUUCAAGGACGUGCGCAUUGAUCGGCUCGAUGAGUUCGGCAGAGUGAUGACCCCGAAGGAGGCGUUCCGCAAACUGUCGCACGCGUUCCACGGGAAGGGGCCCGGCAAGAUGAAGCAGGAGAAGCGCAUCCGCGCGUACGAGGAGGACCUCAAGCGCAAGGGCAUGGCGGCGGGCGACACGCCCAUGCACUCCGUGGAGAAGCUCCGGGAGGUGCAGCGCACCACGCAGUCACCCUAUGUUGUCAUCACGGGCCAUGUCAAGCCAGGCCAAAUCACGGACCCGGCCAACUCGUUCGCGACGAUGGAGAAGGAGACGGUGGGCAGCCUCACGCCCAUGCUGGGCGACAAGAAGGUGGAGUACUUCCUGGGCAUCUCAAAGCCCUCGUCCGACCCAUCGCCAUCCGGUGCCGCCUCCUCCCGCACCCCCAUGGGCCCUCCGCGGCCCAAGAACCCCAAGCAAUGAUGCACCAUGUGCCAUGUGCGAUGAUGCAGCUGUGCGCCGUGCGGAAUGAUGAUCCAUGCAUGCGCCGUGUGCAACGUGUUAUGUUCCCUGCGCUUGCGCCAUGCGCCGUUAAUUGAUGAGGGCCAUCUCAUCUCAUGUCGUGUGCUGUCUCUUCUCUGCCCGCCUCGCGACAACAUCUCAUGCCAUUCGUUGUGUUGCUCUUGAUGGCAGCAGAUUUUGUACCUUGCAUUGGCACGAUGUGUUUGUUGCAGCAAGAUUGCCUGAUGUUGCAUCUUGCUGAUGUUAUCAGCUGCCAGACAAGUGCACAAGGUCAUC